AUGGACGUUGCCCAAGCUCAAAUCCGUACAAUUCAUGUUCCUGAUAUCGUAGGAGAUGAAUGUCAAAGGAAAUUUCUCAGUUUCUUGGAAAAUUUCAAGGAGGAAGGCGAUGAGUUUUUCAAGUAUGCCGAAAAGGCUAAAGAGAUGAAGAAACUUGAGAGAAGUACCCUCUCUGUAUCAUUCAAUGACCUUUUAAUGCAUGAUAGUCGUCUUGCAUCGUUGAUAGAGGAUGAGUACUUCAGACUUUAUCCUUAUCUCUGCAACGCAGUGAAAAACUUUAUCAAUGAUCAUGUUCCAGAUACACAGAAUUCUGGACGUGAUUUCUAUAUUGGCUUCACUGACGUUUCGGUACUUCAUCGAAUGCGUGAAUUAAAUGCCCACCAACUUGGGCGAUUGGUGAAGAUUCGGGCCCAAGUUGUGCGUUCUCAUCCAGUUCAUCCAGAACUUACACUUGGAACCUUCAAAUGCGAAGAAUGUGGCACGAUUAUUCGAAAUGUCGAGCAACAAUUCAAGUAUACCCAGCCUAGUGUUUGCUUCAAUCCUCAAUGCUCAAAUCGCGUCAAAUUCGAGCUGAUUACAAACGAGUCGAAGUUUGUUGAUUUUCAAAAGGUUCGAGUGCAGGAGACCCAGGCUGAAGUGCUUCGUGGUAGUAUCCCUAGAAGCUUGGAAGUUCUUCUUCGUUCGGAUGCGGUUGAACUGGCACAACCUGGUGAUAGAUGCGAAUUUAUCGGGACUCUUAUCGUGGUACCUGAUGUAGGCCAGCUUGCUACACCAGGUACUCGUACACUUGAGCGCAAGGGUGCCCGAACAAUUGACGGUCAAGAAUCUGGUAUCUCAGGUCUAAAGGAUCUAGGUGUUCGAGAGCUUACAUACAAGACUGCCUUUUUCGCCUGCUCUGUAACUCCUGCUAAUGGUCGAUAUCUCCCAUCAGAUGAUUUAGAAUGCGCUGAUGGUGUAUCCUACGAGGCCUUGUCGAAGCGUUUAACUGAAGCUGAGCUUGACACAAUUGUUCAAAUGAGUCAAGACAAGAAUCUCUUCGCAAAUCUCUGCGCUUCUCUCUUCCCUACUAUUCAUGGCAGUGAAGAAGUCAAGAAGGGUAUUCUUCUCAUGCUCUUUGGAGGUGUUUCCAAAGUGACACAGGAAGGUACCCAUCUCCGAGGUGAUAUCAACGUCUGUUUGGUAGGCGAUCCCUCCACUGCCAAAUCUCAAUUCCUCAAGCAAGUGGAGCAGUUCUCCCCUCGUGCUGUCUACACUAGUGGCAAAGCCAGCUCAGCUGCUGGUCUCACUGCUGCGGUUGUGCGAGAUGAGGAGUCCUUCGAAUUUGUCAUUGAAGCUGGUGCCCUUAUGCUUGCUGAUAAUGGCGUAUGCUGCAUUGACGAAUUUGACAAGAUGGACAUGCGAGAUCAAGUGGCCAUUCAUGAGGCUAUGGAACAGCAGACCAUUUCAAUCACCAAGGCUGGUGUCAAGGCUACGUUAAAUGCCCGUACCUCUAUCCUUGCUGCCGCAAAUCCCAUUGGCGGACGCUACGAUCGAUCACGCUCUCUUCGACAGAACAUUGGAUUGUCUGCGCCCGUCAUGUCGCGUUUUGAUCUGUUCUUUGUUCUUGUUGACGAGUGCAAUGAUAUUGUCGACUACGCAAUCGCAAAGUCCAUAUUGGACCUCCAUAUGGGAAUUGAACCCCAAGUCACGACAAAGAUCUACACUGUUGACGAGAUCCGCCGGUAUAUCGCUUUCGCUCGAUGCUUCAAACCAAAGAUUAGCAUUGAAGCUAUGGAGUGCAUGGUAGAAGAGUAUAAGAAACUCCGACAGCGUGAUGCCUCUUCUGGUUCCAAGUCCGCCUGGCGUAUCACAGUUCGUCAGUUGGAAUCCCUUGUUCGUCUCUCUGAAGCCAUUGCUCGUCUCCACUGUGCAGAUGUUGUAACUGUUCCAUUUGUGAAAGAGGCGUUCGCUUUACUGAACAAGUCUAUCAUUCGUGUGGAACAGCCGGAUAUUAAUUUGGAAGAGGAGGCCGAGGACAAAGUGGAAGUUCCAGCCGAGCCAGAAGGACAAGAGCAAAUGCAAGUCGAUCAGCCAACUGGAGGAGUGGCUGAUCAAACUCAACCGCAUCUGAGGGUUACUUACGAACAAUAUAGACGCAUUGCAGACCUUCUCAUUCUCCAGACUCGGCGUGUGGAAGAAGCCAAGUCAUUAGAGCCACGUCCUGCUACCGUAACAGAAGAGUCUGAAGACUCUGCUGGCCAAGAAUCUUCUCUUGCGGCUACUGGGGUUGAACAAAGUGGAGCUAUUCGAAAGAGCGAGCUGGUUAAUUGGUACUUGGAGGAGAUUGCUGCCGACACACUCCAAUCGGAAGCCGAGCUUAUUGAGUGCAAGGUCCUGGUUGAGCGCAUUAUUGAUCGUCUUGUUACCAAGGACAGAAUUUUGAUUGCACUCACUCGAAGUGGUCUGGACGCUGAUGAAGAAGACGAAGAUCCUCUGCUGGUUGUUCACCCCAAUUAUUCCACGGAUUAG